GUGGAUUCUGGGAAGGAGAAGCUUGUAGACCAUUUUAGCCGCAGAUGACAUCGAAUGACCUGACGAAGAGUGUGAUCUUUCGGCGAGAAGGGAUCCUUUGGCUGUCUUUACGUUUCUCAGUAGUUGAGAAACAUUUAUUUUCAACGUUGCGUUGAAAUAUAUCUGGCCUUGCAUUGGGAAAUAAAUAUGGGUGCAGAUAAACGGGUUAGCCGUACAGAGCGCAGCGGCAGGUAUGGCUCUGAACAGUCUCGCGAUGAUGACCGAAGGGAUCGGCGAGAUCGAGAUGAUCGCGGAUAUGACUCUCAUCGCUGGAGUGAUGACCGCCGCAGUGACCGUUAUGAUGGUGAUAGAGGUGAUCGAGGCGACCGAGGUGAUCGAGGCGACAGAGGUGAUCGAUACUGGAGCAGAGACAGUCCUGAGCGAGGGAGGAAGCGGCGCAACAGUGAUGGAUCAGAGGACGGACAUCAUUCAGAUGGUGAUUACUCUGAGCACGAUUACAGAGGAGAUCCAGCCGAUGAAAAGGAGAGCAAGACCAUCAUGCUCCGGGGUCUGCCCAUGAACACGUCAGAGGCGGAUAUUCGAGCAGCCAUUGACUUGCUGGAAGGACCCAAGCCAAUGGACGUGAGGCUGAUGAAAAAGAGAACAGGUAUAAGCCGAGGUUUCGCCUUCGUGGAGUUUUAUCACUUGCAAGCUGCUACCCGAUGGAUGGAGACCAAUCAGAAACUGCUGUGCGUUCAAGGCAAGCCUGUUGUCGUGCACUACAGCAACAACCGUCACAAGUUUGAGGAUUGGCUCUGCAACUCAUGUGGCCUGUACAAUUUCCGGAGGAGGCUGAAGUGCUUCAGGUGUGGCGCAGCUAAAGCGGAUUCUGAAUCCAGCAGCACCACAGGAACCACAGAAACCCAGCCAAGUGGAGAUUACUAUGGCGAUACCAUCAUCUUGAGGAACAUCGCUCCUCUCUCUACUGUUGAAGCCAUUCUGGGGGCUCUUGCUCCUUUUGCAAACCUCUUGCCUGGCAACAUCCGCCUCAUCAAAGACAAACAGACAGGCCAAAACAGAGGAUUUGCCUUUGUCCAACUCGCUUCUCCUCUGGAAGCGUCACAGCUGCUAACUAUCCUCCAGGGCCUACAGCCGCCACUUAAACUGGAUGGCAAGACUAUUGGUGUCGACUAUAUUGAAGGCAAAGCCCAGUCCAUUACAGCCACUGCCACCAUUUCUGCCCCAGCAACCUCUGCAGUCUCUGCUACAGCCACAGCAAUAUCUACCUCUCAGGAAAAUCAAGCCAAUGUCCCAGACACUUCCUCCUAUCAGUACGAUGAGUCUUCUGGGUAUUAUUACGACCCCAUCACUGGCCUCUACUAUGACCCAAACACACAAUACUACUACAACUCUCAGACUCAGCAGUAUCUGUACUGGGAUGGAGAGAAGCAGGCGUAUUUACCCGCUGUGGACAGUAACGCUCAAAAUGCCAUGGCCUCCACUUCCACUCCUCAGAAAGAGGGCAAAGAGAAGAAAGAGAAACCUAAGAGCAAAACUGCUCAGCAGAUUGCAAAGGACAUGGAGCGCUGGGCCAAGAGUCUAAACAAACAGAAAGAAAACUUCAAGAGCAGCUUCCAGCCCAUCAGUCAGGAGGAGAGGAGAGAGGCAGCGGCGGCAGAUGCAGGAUUCACGCUGUUUGAGAAGAAGCCUGGAGCAUUGGAGAGGCUUGUAACAGAAGCAUCCAAAAUGGCAGAAGAAGAGAGUUGUUCAUCAAAGGUGGGACUGGUGGCUGCGUACAGUGGCGACAGUGAACCAGAGGAGCUUAUAGAUGGAGACGACAGAGAGGACAAGCUGACAGACUGGAAAAAGCUCGCUUGUCUGUUGUGCCGGAGGCAGUUUCCCAGUAAAGAAGCUCUGAUUCGCCAUCAGCAGCUCUCAGACCUACACAGGCAAAACUUGGAGGUUAUGAGGAGAUCCAAACUGAGUGAAGCAGAACUGGAGGAGCUGGAAAGAAAAGAGACAGAGAUGAAGUACAGGGACAGGGCUGCUGAAAGAAGAGAGAAAUACGGCAUCCCUGAACCACCCGUGCCUAAGAAAAGGAAAUACACCGCACCAACACCUGUAGUAAAUUACGAGCAGCCCACGAAGGACGGCCUGAACAGUGAUAAUAUCGGCAAUAAGAUGCUGCAAGCUAUGGGGUGGAAGGAAGGCAAAGGUCUGGGUAGAAACCAGCAGGGCAUCACAACACCUAUUGAGGCUCAGUUGAGAGCGAAGGGAGCCGGUUUGGGAACUAAAGGAAGCAGCUACAAUCUCACGGCUUCUGACACAUACAAGGAUGCCGUCCGGAAAGCCAUGUUUGCCCGCUUUACAGAAAUCGAGUAAAUGAGUAAGAUGUCAUGCGAGCGGUGAUUGUCGUCCUCUGCACUGCGCAGUGUUUGUAUUUAUUUUGACAUCAGAAACUGUUGAUGAGCAGGAGAUGUGUGUGUGUAUGUGUACAUAUGUACAGAGUCCUCCAGAAAUGUGAAAUUUGCCUUUUUUGAUUUUGAUUGUUUGCUUUUCCAAAAUAGAUCUCAAACUGUAAAGUUUAUAUAUGAUCUCAGUUUUGUACAUAAGAAAAUAAAUGAGAUGACCUGA